AGUGUCGAAUCCAAGGGGGCUGUGUUGUGUGCGAUUACUUUCCUGAGACGGAGAGGCAGAGAGACCUAUAAACAAAAACAAAAAACAAAAAUAAAAAUGGCCAUUUCUCAAAGUCUGAGCAGAGGCAGAGCAGCAGCUCACCAAAACCCCUCACAACCCUAAUUCUAAUUCCACAGGUUUUAUUACAGCAAUCGUUUACUAGGAAAUGAGCCAACCGUCAGUGAUACUUGCAACUGCCAGCUAUGAUCACUCCAUUCGGUUUUGGGAGGCCAAAAGUGGUCGCUGCUACCGUACUAUCAAUUACCAGGAUUCGCAUGUUAAUCGGCUUGAGAUAACCCCAGAUAAGCACUACCUGGCUGCAGCUGGUAAUCCACACAUUCGAUUGUUUGAUGUUAACUCAAACAGCCCUCAACCAGUGAUGAGCUAUGAUUCACAUACUAACAAUGUGAUGGCAGUGGGGUUUCAAUGUGAUGGAAACUGGAUGUAUUCAGGUUCUGAGGAUGGCACAGUAAAAAUUUGGGAUUUGAGAGCUCCAGGUUGUCAACGGGAAUAUGAAAGCCGAGCAGCUGUCAACACUGUUGUGCUGCACCCAAACCAGACUGAACUUAUAUCUGGGGACCAGAAUGGGAAUAUUCGUGUGUGGGAUUUAACAGCAAAUUCAUGUAGCUGUGAACUGGUGCCAGAGGUUGAUACGGCCGUACGAUCUCUAACUGUAAUGUGGGAUGGGAGCUUGGUAGUUGCAGCAAAUAAUCAUGGGACAUGUUAUGUUUGGCGCUUGUUGCGAGGGACCCAGACUAUGACAAACUUUGAGCCACUUCAUAAGCUGCAAGCACACAAGGGAUAUAUUCUCAAAUGCCUUCUUUCGCCCGAGUUCUGUGAGCCACACAGAUAUCUGGCAACUGCAUCUUCUGACCACACUGUCAAGAUAUGGAAUGUUGAUGGCUUCACAUUGGAGAAAACUCUAAUAGGUCAUCAACGUUGGGUAUGGGACUGUGUGUUCUCAGUAGAUGGUGCCUUUCUUAUAACAGCUUCCUCUGAUACGACGGCAAGACUUUGGUCCAUGUCAACUGGUGAAGAUAUCAAGACGUAUCAGGGACAUCAUAAGGCAACUGUUUGCUGUGCUCUCAAUGAUGGAGCCGAACCCUCUGCAUCGUGAAUCUAGAAAAUUGUUUGUUUUCAUGUGCUGCUGUGUAGGAGCAUGUAGCAGUGGCAUUUUGGUACAUUGCCAACAUGUUUUAACGGCUAGCAUUACACAUCAUCAUGGUUUUAUGCCAAUGAAUGGUGAGGAGGAUGAUUUGUCACUACUAUACCCGGAUUUGGUGUUUACUUCCAAGGAAAAAUACUAGUACACACCCUUUUACACACUUGAAAUGCACUGAAAUUGUGGCUUGAAGUCACAAUUUCUAACUUGGAAAUUAUGGCUUCAAGUCAUGAUUUCAAUGCAUUUCAAGUGUGUGUGUAAGAAUAGGUGUAACAGGGUGUGUAUAAUAAACAUUACCCUUACUUCAAAUCCUAACUCUCUUUCCAUCAAGUUAUGAACAAAUCAUAAUCAUAUUCACAAGCAGGACUUAUUAUAGUUGAUUAUAUUAUAUUGUGAUUGGUAUACAAUAAAAGUGAAUUUAUUUGCUUA